AUGCUCACGGUGCUGGGACUGGGCGUCGCGCUGCUGUGGAACUUGGUGUGGUUCGCGUGGCGGUUCUACCGCGAGCGCACCACGCUCAACCGCCUGUUCAGUGAACAGGACCCGGCCGCGCUGGAGCAGGAGCUGCGCAAGUUCCCAGCGGACUUGCUGUCGCUGCGCAUCAAGCAGAUCGCGUGCGUGCGGCUGCGCCACUUGCAGGUGGUGGCCAAUGCCAGAGACUUCAAGCAGCAGUUGGAAGCCGUGGCGUUCCGCGAAACCGAAAUGGAACUGGUGGGUCUGCCGCUUCACCCGACGAGUCGGAAGGAGAUGACGUUCGCGGAGAUUUUGACGGCUGUGGAGGAGAUCGCGUGCAGAGGAGAGCAGGUGGCCGUGGAGAUGAUGCAGUUGGUGGUGCCGCCGCGGUGGAGAGGCUACGUGGAUGAAGACUUGUGGUUGAAGGCUCAGGACGAGAGUCUGCAGAGUCUGCACCUGGAGAACGCUCGCGCGCAGCAGCUCUCGGAUCAGAUUUCGGAGCUGAUUGUGGCCAAGGUGAACUCCAACGAAGCCAUCCCGAAGCCAGUGUUUCUUAUGCUGCUCGCGUCGCUGCGUCAAAACUCUGGGAGCCCACCGCAAAACGGUAGUAACGGAAAUGCGACGUCUAGUGAAAUGGACGCAUUUGCCCGGUGCUGGAGCGGAAGCAUGACCAUGAGCGGCAGCGUGAGCAACCUUGGUGGCCAAAAGAACAAGGACGAGUUCAAUUUCCUGCUCAAGGCAUUCGACGAAGUUGUCGAGCAGCAAAAAGUCCGACAAGGGCUGCAGACUGCUAUUGAGAAUUUUCAGUCGGCACACGAGCCCGAACACGAGCAGUUGCUGCUGCUGGAAAAUGCUGACAGUUCAAGCAGCAGUCAAGUUAUCCGGCGGGCCAAGCAGCUUGGCGCCACAGCAGCUGCAACCAGCGGAGCUACUGCCGCAUCGAUGCGCCGGCUAGAGCGAUGGGUGGAUGAGGCCGAGAUGAUGGAGAUGACCUACGUCGAGGAGGUUGAAAGUGCGCAGUUUAUGCUGGAGGAUGCCCGACGCGACAGCUUCUGCGCAGCUAUUGUCAGCAACGAAGGCAAGGGCCUCGAUAGUGUCCAGACUUUGGCGACCAAUUUUGUCGCGCUGGGUGCGAAGCGCGAGGAUGCGAUUCUGAAGGCUGGCGAGAUCCUGGCCAAUCGGUCCAACAUGAUGCUGCUGGUGAACAGUCUUCGCGGUAUGUUUGAUCAGCUGCGCAAGCGUGACAUCAUGAAGAUGAACGAGCGACGGAACCGUGAUCGCGCUAAAGCCCAGGAGAAGCGCGAUCGUAUGGCGCAGAAGUUUCACAACAAGCAGCAGCUAAUCGCUGAAAAGAUUGAGCGAAACCGCGAGGCGCAGCGCCAGUUAGAAGAAGAAGCACGUCUUCAGCGACGUAUGGAAGAGCUGAAAGAGUGGCGCGCGCAGAAUGCCCGGGACCGCGCGUCGUUUGUGUGGACAAUCACCAAGACCGACGUUCUCGUGGUGCUGGUGAUCAUGGCGAUCGUGUUCUUUGAGAACUUGCGGGAGGUGGCGUUCGUGAAGCCUUUGUGCCAGCCGGAUGACAGUCACCACUGGUGGAUGGUUUCCUGGUGGGCACCGUCGUCUCUCCAGGUCUUCGGUUGCGAGGUUGCGUACGGCAUGAAGAUCCUGGGCAUUCUUCUCGCGCUCGGAGUGCUGUUUUUCGCCGUGGCCCAGCUCAACCUCGUGGCGGUUAUGCUACCUGUGUUGGGUGCGAUCACGCUCUACUACGUGCGCAACGAAUGGAUGAACAUGUUCUUCCGGCUGCCAUUGCUGCUCGUGAUUUAUGGCUUCAACUCGGGCAUCCUCUUCCUUAUGCUGCUAUACAUCGGUUUCCCAUUCGUGUCGCUGCUGCUGACAGUCGUGACGGGUGUUGGCAUCGCCUGCGACGCGCCUGACCGGUGUGCUGCCGAGGCUUAUGAGGCAACUGCGCCCGUCCUGGCAGGCUUAUGGGAGCUCGCGCGGGGAGCUUAUCGAUUGUAA